AUGAAGGCUACCACCAUCAUCGCCGCUCUUCUUUUCGGAGCCACCAUGGCCGCCCCUGGAGCUUUCUCGCUCAAGCGCUCCUUCAUCGAGGCCGACACUAGCGUCGAUAGCGGCAAUGCCGCAGACGCCGGUACUCUCACAGCCUGUGUCGAGUGUCCAUGCAACGUAGACUCUCUCCUCUGCUAG